UUAUCUCAAGUCUUGGAGUUUGUUUAGUUGUGUGUUGCUUUAUUUACAAAAUGUUCAGUUUCCCAACAGAUGACGAGCUGCAGGAUUUAGCUUGGGAGAAGUGCAAGCAAAUGUAUUAUAAAGUUCGACAAGCUCAUGAUUGGUAUCACGAGAAGUAUCUGUAUAUGAGGUCGGUGGUGACAGAAGAACGGUAUUGUGUUUUUGUUCUCACUUAUUAUUUGUGCACAAUAUUUUCACUUCUUUACUUCAAAAAUGUUUUUGUAAAAAUUGACUAAUGUAGUUUCAAAAUAUUCAGUGAACUGAGUUGACAUUAAGUACAGCUACUACCGGUAUCACGUUGGGAAUUUAUUGUUCCCCGAUGAAACUGAAGAGCAGGCCCAGUUUAAUUGUUUAAUGUGUCAGAAGACCUACAGACAUAAACGUAAUCUCUAUAAGCACAUGAGGUUCGAAUGCGGAAACAAAAGACCAUUCUCCUGUCCACAUUGUCCUUAUAAAGCGUCGCAAAAGGGAACUCUCAAGAGUCAUGUGGUUAUAAAACACAAAAGUCUAAUGUUCACUUAUCCGUCUCAAGCAGCACCAAAGAAAAAUGUGCGAAGCGUUAAAAAACAUAACUGUGAGGAGACGGUCAAGGCGAAGAAUUUUUUCUUAUGCGCAGACAUCCCGUGGCUGCAUGAUAGACGCCAGUUACACCCACAUGUGUGUGAUGUUUGCGGCCGAAGUUACAAGUAUCGGGACAACCUGCUGCGUCACAAGCGACAAGAGUGUCUUAAAGAGCCCAAGUUCGCUUGCGACUUUUGUUCCUACAAGGCGAAGUAUCGCAGCAGUUUACGAGCUCAUAUAGUCUGCAAACACUCGGAAAUGGUGAAGUCUUCGGUUUGAAGAUCAUUGAAUAUUUUUAUAAGUAUUAAAGUGAGGUAUCUGCUACAAAUCAAAUAUCUAAAUAUAGUUUAAGUGUUUUGUAGCAGAAAUCCCAAUUUACAACUACUAAUA